AUGCACGUGCGAUAUUUACAGCACCAGCACCAGGGCACCGUCCAGCUGCUGCUGAUGCCGCUCAGCACCGCCGCCUCGUUCAAAAGCGCCAAAUGGUUGGUUUUCAUAGAAAAUUCUAUUAAUUAUUUCGAUCAUCAGAAAAAGAAGAAUUUUUUUUUUGAAGGAAAAUGAAUUUUUUUUCUUUGAUUUUUACUUGUCAGUCUUUCUCAGGUUUUCUAUGAUAUCUUGCAUUGAGAAAUUUUUUUACCAACAUUUAUUUCAUAUAUCUUUCACAUAUUUUAAAAAUUUCCUAUAAUUUCCUUCAAUUCUCCUCAAUUUCUAAUUCCGAAUCUCACGUUUUGAAAUUUCAGAAUGCAUUUUCAUGCCAAUGUAUCACAGCGGCAUUCCAAAAGAUUAUAUUUGCAGAAUAGGCUCAUUUUUUUUGCUCUUUUUCUGUCCUAUUGAAGAGCCUGAUUGUCCCACGGGGCAUCGAAUUUCGCAGACUCGUCAAAUCUUCAGAAAGAGAUUCUUUUAUAAUUCAUUCUUUCUGAAUAUAACUCCGCAAGUUUUUCAACAGUCAAAUUUUUUUAUCUUACAGGACCGAGGAUGAGGGGGACGUCGAGUGCGAAGCCGUCCCACUGCCAAUUCAAACUUUCCUGUGGCGUCAAACCAAGUAAGUUUCAUUCUUUUAUAUCAUUAUUAGUUUUCAUAUGAUGUGUUUUCGUAGAGUUUUCGAACGAUUGUUCAACAUUUUUUCAUUGUUAUCCCGAUUUAGCGCUUGAGAAACAUGAGAUGAGACUAUUUUAUAUCAAUUUUUCCAAUUAACUUUAGUUUUGGACUUUUGAAAGAAUGGGCCAAGUUUCAGCUUUUUGAAGACUCUUCUCAGUGUUGUAGUUGAGCAGAGCGAACCUAACUUUUUAUAAAAUAGAAAGUUGAGCAGACCAAAAAUUGAGAUAUUUAAAAAAAUAAGCAGACCAAAAAUUGUUGUAUAUGAAAAAUUAAGCAGACCAAAAAUUGUUGUAUUUGAAAAUAAGCAGACCAAAAUUGUUGUAUUUGAAAUUAAGCAGACCAAAAUUGUUGUAUCUGAAAUUGAAAUUGUAGAUAUUGUAUUUCACCUAUUCCUCUUUAGUUUUUUUUGGACUUCUGAAAGAUAGCUUCAGGAUUUUGAACUUUUUUCAGCGUUAUAACUGAGCAGACCAAAAUUGAGAUAUUUAGAAAAGAAAAACAGACCAGAAUUGAGAGGUUUGAAAAUAAGCAGACAAAAAUGGGGUAUCUAAAAUCAAAGCAGACCAAAAUUGAGAUGUUUGAAAAUAAGCAGACCAAAAUUGUUGUAUUUGAAAAUUAAGCAGACCAAAAUUUUUUUAUAGGAAAAUAAGCAGACCAAAAUUGAGAUAUUUGAAAAUAAGCAGACCAAAAUUGGGAUGUUUGAAAAUAAGCAGACCAAAACUGAGAUAUUUGAAAAUAAGCAGACCAAAACUGAGAUAUUUGAAAAUAAGCAGACCAAAAUUGUUGUAUUUGAAAAUUAAGCAGACCAAAAUUUUUUUAUAGGAAAAUAAGCAGACCAAAAUUGAGAUAUUUGAAAAUAAGCAGACCAAAAUUGGGAUGUUUGAAAAUAAGCAGACCAAAACUGACCUGACCUCGUGAAAAACUUUUACUGAAAGCGAUUUUUUCAAAAACAAUGAUUUUUUGCUCAUCGAAUACACUGCAUUGAAGGUCAAUGUACUUUUCGAAAAUUUUGUGCUGAUUUGCUUCCUUUUUCCUACAUUUUUUUUUCUUUUCUCCUAUCUGUCCUUUUCGAGCUUGUUCGUUGCUUUUUUGUCUCGUCCGUUGGUUUUGGGCGACGGACAAGUGGGCAGAAGGGUGAGGGAAACGAGAUGAAAUGGCCCAAAACCAAAUUGUUCACCCUUCUCUCACACUUUAGCGAAAAGGAAAUGCUCAGAAAAGUUUUUUUUUUUCUUCGGCAAGUUAUGAUGACAACUACGAGGUUACAAGUCGACUGAUAAUUUUGGAAGUUUUUUGGAAAAAAAAAGAUAAAUGAAUUAGGUUUCAAUCUGGUUCCUUUUAAAUUUUAUUGCUCAUUUGUGAAUCGAAUGUCGAGUUGGAACCGAAAGCGUUAGGCAGAAGCCGUUGAAAAAUUGCUCGAAUGUUUUUUUUAAGAAAAAAAACUGGAAACAAUAAAUUUGCGAUUUCCUUUAACAUCAGCAAUAUCCAUCCUAGACGACUCCCCAGACGCUUCUGAAAAAAGCAUCAUAAUUCGACCCAUCUCGCUAUUACUAUUUAUUGCCAGAACGACCCUUCAGGGACCACUUAGUUGCUUCAUUUGGCUUUCGCGAGCCGCGUGUAGCAGACUCUCGCGUGUAAUUGGCCCUCUCUCUCGUUUCUCUCUUCAAAACGUUGCAAACAACCCCAAAACCGGUUCUGUUGCGUCUUAUUGCUCAUAUUUAAAGAGCUGAGCCUUUUUUUCACAUGAAAAAAUUUGGAAAUCUUAAAAUGAAAUCCAUGAAACUAGUAAAUGUAUUGUUUCCUCAAGUAAAUCCAUGAAACUAGUAAAAUGUAUUGUUUCCUCAAGUAAAUUAAUUUAAUAUUAUCGAAAAACUAAUUUUUCUUUCCAAGAUGUUGACUUGUUUUGUGUAUUAUGAGAAAAUUUGAAAUUUUGGCGUGAAAUUCGAGUUUUGCGAUGCGGAAAAAACUAGCAAAAGAGAAAUAUGAGAUGUGGGAAUUGCCUUGUCGCCAAUUAUUUUUAUACUAACUUUUCUAUUUCUUACUUUUUGAAGGAAGCUGAAUAGAGAAGUUUUGAAAAAAUAAUAUCACUUCCAAUAUUCUUUUUUUGGUCUGCUUAACAAACAUUUUGGUCUGCUUAACAAAAAUUUUGGUCUGCUUAACAAAAAUUUUUGUCUGCUUAACAAAAAUUUUGGUCUGCUUAACAAGAAUUUUUGGUCUGGUUAAUAAUAAUUUUUGGUCUGCUUAACAAGAGUAUUUGGUCUGCUUAACAAGAGUAUUUUGUCUGCUUAACAAGAAUUUUUGGUCUGCUUAACAAGAAAUUUUGGUCUGGUUAAUAAAAAUUUUUGGUCUGCUUAACAAAAAUUUUUGGUCUGCUUAACAAAAUUUUGGUCUGCUUAACAAAAUUUUGGUCUGCUUAACAAGAAUUUUUGGUCUGCUUAACAAAAAUUUUUGGUCUGCUUAACAAGAAGUUUUGGUCUGCUUAACAAAAAUUUUUGGUCUGCUUAACAAAAUUUUGGUCUGCCUAACAAUAAUUUUUGGUCUGCUUAACAAAAAUUGUAAGGAUGUUUGAAAAAAGGGAGGACAUUUCGAAACUUGGUGAAUAUUUCAACUUUCAGCCCAUUUCUUGGAGCGAAGAUCGGAAAACUCCACGAAGCAUCUUGUGUGGUGAGUUUUGAAAACGUUUUCAUUUUUUUUUACUGAACAUUUUUUUUGAAAUACACGUUGGGGAUCAAAUAAAAACGGAUCUUCUUGAAUAAAAGACGGGUAAAUUGCUCAAUUAAUCCUCGAGUCGCCCUAAACCAAAGAACUACCGCUUCCUCUUGUUGCAAAUAAAAAAGCGGCCCCUCAGCCGAGCUUAUUCGCUUAUUUUUUCGAGGCUUCUCGUCUAAUUACGCGCAAAAAUUGUGCCGAAGGCGAGAGACGAGUUCUGCCUUUUUCGGUUGAAUUUGCAUUUUUUGGCGGGAAUUUGAAUGGCCGCCAAUCCGUGAGAACUUUUUGAGUGUAGCGAAAGCCUCGGAAAUGUCGCCAAACUUUGAAGAUUGAAUAAACUUGUUCAAGGACUUGUUUUGAUUUUUUUUUUGUGACAAAUGAAAUUCAAGCGGAAAAAAAUAAGUGAUGUACUUAUAGAGCAUCUGUAGCCUUGAAUUCUAGUUUCAAGGUAACUGAAAUUUGUUGACAAACUGAUUUUACAGACAUUUGAACGGGUUGUGGUUCAAAAUAUUCUACACGGCCUGUCGCCGUCCCUUUCGGAUGCUUUGGCCAGUGUAUCGAGAUGGAAACUUGUCAGGGCGGCGCUUCCUCAUGUCAUUCAGGUGAGGAGUAAAAAUCACCCAACAAAAAAAUCUUGAAUAAAUAUAAUUUCACUGAUUUUUUUUUGUGAACUACGGUAUCUUAUGUGCGAUCACCGCCUGUUGCACCAUAUGCGUUGAAAAUGACGACUGAAUUUACUAGGAAUGCCUUUAAUUUUUUUUUCGAAUGUUUAUAGCUUAUUCCGCCUCAUCUUGUGACGUAUUUCUUACCUGCUUUGGUUGUUUGAAUAUUUAUCCCAUUUUUGUGACCAAAUUUGAAUUUUUCUUUCACAUUUGUGACUAAAGUAUAUAUAAAAGGUAGUAAGAAUAUCCGAUUUGUUAGAAAUUAGCAUCAUUGUUGGUUCUUUUUCUCAAUAUAAAAAAGUAUUUUCCAUUUCUAUCUGCGACUUGUCACCAAUGCCCUUGAAGCCAAUGAACUCAUUUCUCAAAAUCUUCCUUCGAAGAAAAUUAAAUUUGAUGAAUCAAACGCUCAUUUCUAACCGGAUGAGUAAACGAGGAUUUCACGAAGACGUAUAAAAGUAGCAUUAGUACCUUUUUAAUAUUCCUUCACGGGUAUUUUCUAUUUUUCUAGGCAUUUUCGGUUUCGAAUUUAGAACCAGGUUAAUUUAUAUUUUGUUCAAAACAAUCGUAUGGCUUUUUUAGAACGGAUAAUUGAAACACUAAAUUCUCCAUUUUUCUGUACUUUUGCGAGUAACUCUGUUGUAAAGAUUCAGAUCAUCUGUAUAAAAAUUUCUGAUUUUUGGUCCAAAUAACAUCAAAUUUCAUUUAUUCAGUGCUGCGGAUCACUUCUCGCCGCAAAUGCGGGCCAAAAAUCAUUACCAUCAUCCCUGCAGAAGAUCCUCUACAUCCUCCAUUGGAUGUUGAUCGAUUCGGCAUCAGAAUGUACGGAUUCCAUUAGCACCAAGGUAAGAAAUCGUCAUAUUGACUAAUUUUUUUUGGAUUGGGAUUUUUCAGGACGACAGCCAGAGGGCCACCGGACUUUUUACCAUCUCGGCGGUCCAACUUUUCGUUUACUUGAUCGCUCCGCUGGCCGAAGUUAUCACUGAGGAAGAGGUGGCGCAGAAUAUUCGAUUGGAAAGUGGUCUGAAGAUUUGGCAGGCUUUCUGGCAGGUAGAUUUUGAUAAUUUUGAUAUGAACUCUUACGACAGGUGUAUAGAAAAAAAACGGGAGAAAAGAAAAUUUAAAAAAAAAGUCUUACGGUAGCCUCUAAGUGUGCGUACACGUAUUGCAGUUAUUGCACUGAAUCUUACGACAGUUUCAAUUUUAUUGACUUUUCUUCUUUUAAUCUAAAUUAUGUUUUCCAGUUCCGCCAACCCGACGUCUGGUGCUUCUCGGCGCCAGUGAAACAACGCCGAGACGAGCUACCAAUGGUGACCUUCGUCAAGAAACAAAAUCCCGCUCAAUGUGCCCAAAGUCAAGGAAUUUAUUUAGGUAAUUUCAAAUUCGAUCGACAAAAUAUAAAAAUUCAGUUUAGUUUGUAUAAAAUUGAAAAAAGACUUACAGUAGCCUUCAAGUGUGCGUACACACAAUGCGUACUUGCAUCGAAUCUUACGACAAUUUCAAUUUUCUUGUUUUCUUGAUAACGUUUAGUUUUUCCACACGUUAUUGUUUCUGUGUGUGCUACUUAUCAUUUACUGAUUUAUUUAUCGAACUUUUGCGACAUUCAUGUUGCAGGAGAAGAUGAAAGCAAGCCGAGAAGGCCGUCGAUUGUCCCACCACCAAAGCCACCGCGAACCGAUGCCGCAGUUCUGAACGAGAAACGGAAAAAAGAGGAGGAACGCCUGAAACAGCAGAAGAAUCAACAGAAGAAAGUCUCUGCGAAGAAUGAGUGCGUCAUUUUCUGGGAGAAUUUUAGAAACCACCUAAAUGUUAUGAACUUUUCAUGACCAAUGAAGUAGUCUUAUUAGUAGCCACUUGAAUGGCUAAAACUUAGUGGCCUUUUUAGAUUUCUAAAUGGCACUACUAGGCCACUACAACUACUAUAGUGGUCACUAAGACGCAAAAUGAUGGCUUCCAUAGAGGUAGCUUUAGUUUCUUCUCCAAGUAGUCCUUGAGGAACCUUUUAAGGGGCCACUUGAGUUCUUCUCAGACUUUCUAGUAAAAUGUUCCAGAACUUCUAACGCCCCACCACCACCGACGAAGCCGACAACGAUGACGUCACACCCGACGCCUUCAAAACCGCCGACAUCAUUGGCCGUGGACAAGGCGUCGUCGAUGGUCCGCAGCGUCAGCGAGUACAGGGCGAUUCAGGUCGAUCCGCCUCCGCCCCAAAUUUCCAAGAGCCACACUUCCGACGCCUUUGAUAUCAGUCCGAGUGGGUUUCGCAUCCUUUAUAAAAGAUUUUUUGCGUUUUUUGUAGCUCCUGA